CAUGCUGUUAAAGAUAUGCAAUCAUUAAAUGAGGCUCAAUUAUUAAUACAUAAAUUAUCAAGACCAGUAGCUGAAAUUGUUACACUUAUUCAAGAAAAUAUUUUAUUAGCUAAACAAUAUAAAGAAAAACUUUUAAAUAAUUCAACAAAUCAAGUUUCAAAUAAAAUUCCACAGAAAACUGGAAAAUUUGUUCCACUUCGAGAAAGACUUACUGUUUGUGUUAAUGAAAAAUGUACAGAAAUUAUUAAUGUUAAUGGUGAACAACGAAUUGAUUAUAAAAGUAAUUGUCAUGUUGGUUGUUCAUUGCAUAGAGUUGUACAAGAAUGUAUUGGUCAUCCAAUUAUUAAACGAUGUCAAGCACUUAAACAAACAGGUUCAUGUCGAAAAUGUGGUUGUCAUUGGACAAAACAUAUGCAUAUAACAUAUAAAUAUGAAAGAAAUUUAACAUAUAUUGAAAUAGAUAACUCUAAUUUAUUACGAACACCUCAAUCAAUUAUGACUAUUAUUGAUGAAAGAAUAUCAGAUUUAAGAAAUGAAGAAACAUCUAUAAGAAAAAUUUGUGUUCAACUUUCACUAUUUUUAAAACAAAAUUCAAUAACACCAUUUAAUGAUGAUAUUAUUGAAUAUCUUCAACAUUUUAUUAAUGAAGAAAAACAAAAAAGAUCAACUGGAACUGAUAAUAUAGAUGUUAUUAAAGGUCUAGAACAAAUGAUUAAAGAUUAUACAGAAGAAUUUAAUUUGUAUACUUCAAGUGUUUCUUCACAAAAUAAUUCAACAUCAACAGAUCGAUUUGAUAAUAGUUCACAAAUCGACGAAAUGUUUAGUUUAGUACAAAAGCUUUAUGAUUUACCAAUAAAUGGAAAAUUAAUUGAAGAACAAGUUAGACGAAUGAAAGAAGGUCGCGCACAAGCAGCUAGAAGUAAUGAACAAUUUGUUGAUUUACCAUCAGGUUAUAAUUCUCCAGAUAUUCUUAAUAAUUUAAAAGAAAUUGUUAACCGUAGAAAAAGAUAA